AUGCACCGGGCUUCUGAGCCGGACGAUUCACAGCCCAGUACUGGACACUAUGCAUCGGAGCUCGACGAAAUGGCGACCCCGUCAGGCACCGCUGAACGUCAUGUCACCAUAAAUCCUGAUUCUGACUGCUCCAUACCGACCAAUUCCACAAUAUCGAAUCAUCUGGACAUGGGCCUGACAGGUGUUGGACCAUGGUUGCUGGCUACCGUGUGGGUUGAAGUGACAGAACCAUCAGGCACGGCUUUGCGCUUCUCCCUUGCCCUAAAAUUAGCGCGUCUGCGAUCGUCGCGAGAUCCACUGACCGCCGUUUAA